AUGAUUCAGACUCUGGGGUUUCCCUUUCUCUUCUUUUUCCUCACCACCCCUAUUUCUUAGCUCUCCAGCUCUCGUCUUUCUUAUCAGCCUGCAGCCUUGGGAGUUGGAUCAGCUGACUUGGGCUACCCAGUAGUCUUUGCUGGCGGCUUGAGUGCUACACAUCCCCAUCAGUUGGUAGUUCCAGGAAAGGAGGGAGGAGUGCCCCUGAUUCCUAGCCAACCGAUGCAUGGCACCCAGGCAGAUCAUGAGAAAAUAAUGACAUGCACUCCCCUGGACGGAGGCCAUUAUUCAGCAGUUACUCCAUCGAGUAGUGAGGAUCCAGAAACUGUAUCGAACAGCAGUGAAGGAAAGAGCGGGUCUCCACGUGAUGCCUUGGAGACCUUCUUUGUUCGAAAGGUGGGAGCCUUUGUCAACAAGCCCAUCAGCCAGGUGACAAUGGCCAGUUUGGACAUUCCUUUUCAAAUGUUUGCUCCCAAGAGCUUUGAACUAGAAGAUAACGAUCCCAUGGUAAAUCCUCCUGAUUCUCCAGACACAGAGUCUCCCUUACAAGGUAGCCUACACUCAGUUGGUUCCAGUGGCAGCAGCAGUGGGAAUAUCCAUGAUGAUUUUGUUAUGAUAGAUUUUAAGCCAGCAUUUUCUAAAGAUGACAUUAUCCCCAUGGACCUAGGGACUUUCUAUCGUGAAUUUCAAAAUCCUCCUCAACUCAGCAGCCUCUCCAUUGACAUUGGAGCUCAAUCCAUGGCAGAAGACCUGGACUCACUGCCAGAGAAAUUGGCUGUUCACGAGAGGAACGUCAAAGAAUUUGAUGCGUUUGUAGAAACCUUACAGUGAAAUUGAACCAAGCUAGAACAGCAUCGUACGUCCUCUUCGAUGGACCUGCCUCUUCCUUCGGGUCCUGUUAUGUUGCACCAACAAUUUCAUUUGAUUUCCGGGCUUUGUCCAAUGCAGAAACAAAUGUGCAUCCCUUUGAACUGACCUUGUGAUGAAUUAAUUCAUUUUCCUUCUUGUUACAGUUGGCAUCUGAAGCAGUACAGUGAAGAACAAAAUGAUCACUUCUACCUUUUAUUAUCUCAUCUGUAAUGAUUGUCUAUUGCUUCUGCCUCCAUCACCCGUUGUCUCUUUUCACUUGAUUCAGUAGAACCAUCAACUGAAAGGAACAAAACAAACAGAAUAAUCUAUGCUACAUUGAAUCCUGAACACUAGCACUGCAGAAUUAGUCUAUUUUCAGUCUGUUUCAGAGGAUAAUAGUCACUUCUAAUACUCUAAAUAAUGGAAACAAAGUGUUGCACAUCGUUUUUUCCCCCUGCUGUACAGUCGGAAUUAAUCCAUAAGAGCAGAAAAAAAGUGCUUCUCAUAUAUUUUUCCACCAACAGAGUCAAAAACAAUGCCUGCCUAAGGCUAGACAAAAAGUCUUGUUGCUUUUGAAGAAGGUUCAGAGUUCAUGGGGUCUUCUUAACAAUUGCUAAUUGUAAAUACGUAUUAGUGAUCCUAAUUCUUUAGGAUUACUUAAUUAGGGAUCUUUAGUCCAAAGUUUUUACAGAUGCUGCUGCUCUAUGUUAAGAGAAAUAAGAAAUAUUUAUUAUUCUAAAGGAAACUAUAUUUAAAGAAAAAUUGUAUGUUAUGUUUUCACAUUGUUAUAUAGCCAUAGGCUGCUGUGUUCCUUUGUCACUGCAAAAGUGCUGUGAACAACCUUACAAAGAAUGAGGGCAUCUUCCUUUGUUUUUUUCAAAAGCGGAAAUGUGCUGGGAAAUUUAUCUUUCCCAGAGAUUGACUUGAUUUCAUUCUGCCCUCUUGGAGGGGGGGUCUAGAAAUGUCAUAAUUAAGAUAUGUGCUCUGGUGUAGUGAAUUUGCAGAGUUCUAAAAAGUUGAGCUCUGUCAUAUUUGUAAAAUAAAUUUACUAUAAUCUGCGAUGAGUUAGAAAGUAACUUGGUAUAGAAGUACAUUUUACGAGAUUUACGGUACUUGUUCUAUCGUGCAACGUUUUGUUUAAAGUUGUUUUUCCAAUGAGUUAGGCAUUAAGUAAUGCAAUUGACUGGCAUUUCUAUGUGUUCUGUUUGCUCCAUGUUCCACACCAACUAUGAGGAAGGAAGGAAAAAGACACUUAAAUGAGUUUAGGGAUAAAUUAGGCUCUGGGCACAAGUUCUUCCUUUCCACUGUCAAAAAAAGGCUGAAAAUUCACCUCUGUGCAUAUUUUAAUGGGAGCAAGUAUUUUUAAACUUUAGGAAGGUAUUUUUGAGUAAACCUGUUUAGAAUUGGACUGCCAUACACUGUACUGAAGAGAGAUCAUAUCCCCUCAUUCCUUCCGUCUUUCAUCUUAGAUGCUUUUGUACGAGUGUUGCCUUUAGAUAUGAAGGAUAUUUAUAGUUUAAAAUAAUGGAAUGUUGACUAAAUGCUCUGCUCUUAAUAGAUUUUGCUUGCUUGGGGGUCUAAGACGGGGUGAUAGGGAGGGUAGAUUAUUAGGGCAGUAUACAUCUUUCAGAUGGGCUCUGGAAUUUUCUGUUCCCUACUGCUUUGCAGAAAUGAGCAGAAAAUUAAACCUUUUGUCUCCUAGCAUGUAGUUUAUCCUAAUGGCUCAAAACUGUAAGAAAUUUACUUAAAUUGACCGAAAAAUACCUUUAAAAUUUAUUUUCAAAGUACUUGUGAUAUUGUUAUUCAUUAUUGGACCACUGAAGAACACACAUCUAGAUUCAUACCUAAAUUGCUCCUAAGUAGGGUGUGUGGGCUUGUUUUGCGGUUCAGAAUGAUAGUAACAUCAAAAUUACUUCAAAAUAGGUUGCCAGAAAGAGCUUCCAACCCAUAGUCAUAUCUGCAUAAAACAGGGCUUGAUUUCCCAAACCUUUUAGCUUUCUAAUCAAAACAUUUUAUGAAUAUGGGGGGGGAAGCAUUCCUUAUUAUUAUUCAUGAGAUUUCAGAUGAUGUAGAGCUAUUUGUCUGAACAGGCUUUUUCACCAUUGACUACAAGAGAGCCUAUUCUUGUAAAUGAUGGUAAGGUAAGGAAAUUGCUUGUGUUUCUACUGUUCCUAAAAAUCAUUUUUCUGCCGAUAUUUUAUUUUUUUUUGCACAUUUACCUUGACAUUUAUGCCACGGCACUUAUUUGGUUCCCGCUUCAUUGUCACAGUAAAAUGCUAUAACGAUUAAAGAAAUUUAGUCAAUUAUAGGUAGUCCUCAGCUUACAACCAUUCAUUAUUGACAUUUCAAAGCUAUGACAGCCUCAGAAAAAGUGACGUUAAGGCCCAUCCUGUAAGUUGCGACCAUCGCACCACUGCCAUUGCAGUCACAUGAUCACAAUUUGGGUGUUUAACAACUGGCUUACAGUGCUUGCAGUGCCUUGCAGAUUCAUUGAAUUACCCUGUAAUUUGCUUACCAUAGUUAAAAGUGGACAUAAAGUCGGGUCCAGUCACUUGAUGACUCACUUAACAACGCAUUGCUUAGUGACCAAAAUUCCAGUCCCAAUUGUGGUCGUACGUUGAGAACUACCUGUAACUAUUUAUUCUCAUAGUUUAAAAUUAUACAGAUAAAAUAAUAUAACUACAAAUAGAAUUUCAAGUUACACAUGUUGAUAUUCAUUUCUUGUUCAGUGUUUUUCUUACACUGAAAUAUGUGCUGGAUUGUAAUUCAGUGAUAUGAUUCUGAUGUUCUACCAACAGAAUAACCCUUUGAGAACAUCACAGAUUUGGGGUUCUUGCGGGGGCAGGAAAUAGCAAGAAGUACGCUUACAUAAUAUUAUAAGAUGCUGUUGUCUGAAUCCAGGUUUUUUAUUUUUUGAAGACAAUCUCAUUGGUUCUGCCAAAUAAACACAUCAACUUACUAUCCUACAUAAAUCCUCUUAUCAGGGAUUCAGUUAUAGGUUGUCAGAGGAUACAUUUCUAGUUACAGUGCUGUGAAUCAGAAUUGAUACAUUAUAGGCAAUAUCCAAAUGCAUCAACUGAAGGAAGAAGGUUCCUCCCCUGCAUUUGUUUGGAAACACUAUUCAAAAUAUUCCACUACACAUUCAUAUAAUUUCCAAUAAAACAUUUGUGCUAUUUUAAA